AUGAGCGACCCGGAGCGCGACCAGUCGCUCGAGGACUAUAAAAAGAGCUUGCUCGAGCUACGAGAGUGGGAAACUAAGCUCAAAACUCUCCGAUUGGGCAUCAAGGAUCUCCAGCGGGAGUUUGAUAUCUCCGAGGAGAACAUCAAGGCGCUACAAAGUGUGGGUCAGAUCAUCGGCGAGGUGUUGAAGCAGCUUGAUGAAGAGCGAUUCAUCGUCAAGGCGUCGUCCGGGCCUCGAUAUGUCGUCGGUUGUCGGUCAAAGGUGGAUAAGGCCAAGAUGAAGCAAGGCACACGUGUGGCCUUGGAUAUGACAACACUCACCAUCAUGCGGAUGUUACCUCGUGAGGUUGAUCCUUUGGUGUACAACAUGUCUCUGGAGGAUCCCGGGUCAGUCAACUUUGCCGGUAUUGGUGGUCUCAACGACCAGAUCAGAGAGCUUCGAGAGGUCAUUGAACUGCCCUUGAAGAACCCAGAGCUCUUCCAAAGAGUUGGUAUCAAGCCUCCAAAGGGUGUCUUGCUCUAUGGUCCUCCGGGUACUGGUAAGACGCUGCUUGCACGAGCAGUGGCCAGCUCGAUCGAAACCAACUUCUUGAAGGUGGUCUCAUCGGCUAUCGUUGAUAAGUAUAUCGGUGAAUCCGCUCGACUGAUCCGAGAAAUGUUCGGAUACGCCAAGGAACACGAACCCUGUAUCAUCUUCAUGGACGAGAUUGACGCCAUUGGUGGACGAAGAUUUUCGGAGGGUACCUCAGCAGAUCGAGAAAUUCAGCGGACGCUGAUGGAGUUGCUGAACCAGCUGGAUGGUUUCGACUACCUAGGAAAGACGAAGAUCAUCAUGGCAACCAACCGACCCGACACACUGGACCCCGCUCUGUUGCGUGCUGGUCGUCUGGACCGAAAGAUUGAGAUUCCUCUUCCUAAUGAGGUCGGCCGUCUGGAGAUCUUGAAGAUCCACACGAGCACGGUUCAGCAGGAGGGUGAUAUCGACUUUGAGAGUGUGGUCAAGAUGAGUGACGGUCUUAACGGUGCUGAUCUUCGAAAUGUUGUUACCGAAGCGGGUUUGUUCGCGAUCAAGGAUUACCGCGACGCCAUCAACCAGGAUGACUUCAACAAGGCUGUACGGAAGGUCGCAGAGGCGAAGAAGCUGGAGGGCAAGCUUGAGUACCAGAAGCUGUAA